AUGAGUUCAGUAAAUGAACUUUUAAAUUACUUUGAUGUUAAGGAUGAUAAUGAUGAUUUCAUUAAAUCAGGAGAAGCUGUAAAAUCAAAAGCAGCACAGAAGGAAAGAGUCAGACAAAAGGAAAAUGAAAAGGCAGUUGUUAGGAGGUAUUUCCCUGGAAAGAAACCACAUUAUGCUGAGAACGCAAAUGAAGAUGAUGAUGACGAAGAGGGCGAUGGAAAUGACGAGGAAGUUGACUAUAAAGACAAACACGACAAGAUUAGUGAUCCCGUGGAUGAGUACUUACAAUUACAGAAUCAGAGAAAAAAGAAAGCUCAUAUAAACAAAGAGUUACUAGGUCAUUCGUCACGUACCCAUAUCCAAGAUGACAGCAGAAUUGAGAGACUUAAAAAUAAAAACAUAAAGGGCAACGAACGUGAAAGAAUUAUCAGGAGAGUUAGAGAAGUCCAGGUUAUUAACCAUUCGGAUGAACGAAAAGGUCAAGGUGAUAUAAAAUCUCGAUUGGAGAAAGAGAAGCAUGAAAGAACAGCGAAUGGUGAGAAAUGUUUUCCGUUAGGUAAAGAAAUGAUAGAUGUGAAAAAAGAACAUGAUGCAGCAUGUGAAGAAGCGGAUGAAGAAGCGGAUGAAGAAGCGGAUGAAGAAGCGGAUGAAGAAGCGGAUAAAGAAUUGGAUGACGAACCAGAUGACGAACCAGAUGACGAACCAGAUGACGAAUCAGAUGACGAAUCAGAUGAAGAAUCAGAUGAUGAGAACUACAUGAAUGGAGAAUAUGAAAACGUGCCAAUGAAACACGAAUACGUAUUAAAAAAUAAGAGAAAAACACUGAUAGAAAAUAGCAAAAAAGAGAAAGAGGAAGAAAAAAUGCUAAAGGAUAUGACAAAGGAAAAGGAAAUGAUCGAAAUGGAAAAAAAAGAAAAUAUAAUAAAAGAGACCAUAAACAAUGAUAUAAUGAUGGAAGAGAGGAAGAAUAAAGAAAAUAAUUUGUUUUUCUCCUCUGACGAAAAUUUCGAAGAUGAGAAUGUCGAUGAUAAUGAAGAUCCAAAUGAAGAAGAAUAUGAACUGUGGAAAAUUCGUCACCUGAACAGGCUAAAGAGAGACGAAAUGAAUAGAAAAAAAUAUGAAAUUUUAAAAGAAGAAAUUAACGAAAGAAGAAAAAUGACUAAUAAAGAAAUAUUAGAACAAAAUAAAUUAAUACCACACAAGAAAAAAAAAAAAAAAAAAAAAAUGUUAUUUAUGCAAAAGUAUUACCAUAAAGGUGGAUUCUUUCAAGAUCUCUUUGAAGAAGGGAAAGAAGAAAUAUACACUCGUGAUUACAAUGAACCAGUUUAUGAGGAUAUGAUUGAUAAACAAAAUCUUCCCAAAGUUUUACGUGUAAGAAGAGGAAAUUUUGGAAAACAAGGGCAAACCAAGUAUACACAUUUAUUGGACAAUGAUACCUCAAGGAAGGAUUCACUCUGGGCCAACGAACACAUACAAAAUCGUCGCUCAAAACAGAAGGAAGACUUAUUUGAUCGCCCCACCUAUAGGAAGGGUGCAUAG